AUGGUUGUUCGACAUAAUGAGAAUUAUCAAGAAACAAGAGUAAUUCAAUGGUUGAGUGGUGAACGAGCAGUGGAUGUUCCAUUGGAAUUCGACAUACGAAAAGAUUCCGAUGACCAUCGCAUUGUUUCAACCAAACGAGAAAGUAUCGAAUUAUUGAGCAAACAACAAUGUACGACAACAUCUGAACGAUCCUGUUUACUUGUUCGUCGUCUCAAUCGAUUAUCGCCCGAUACGCAAACAUCCGAUGAAGCUUACUGUACAUUAUCAUCUCGUCGUAGUAAUCAACAUCCAAAUUCACAUGACUUAAUACGUGAAACGUCAACAGCAAGUGAUAAUAUUAGUUUUUCGAGUACAACACCGAUUUCAAUCGCGUCGCCAGUCUUGUCAUUGUCGGUCGAUGACAGUUAUAUAGAAUCAAACCGUACGAGAAUGUCCGUGGAGGUAGAGAAUAAUUCUGCGGGUCAACAAAAUUAUCAUUUGUUACCAUUAAUCACGAAUAGUAAUGAUCGUUCUAUGGAGUUAUAUCGAGAGAUAAUGCUCAACGGCGAUAGUAGUAAACGAGAUUUCAAAGAAAUGGUCGAAGAAUUCGUGGAAUUGAUUGAAAAGAAGUUAUCCGAUGCAGAGUUCAAAAUUUUUGAUGACAAUACGAAUAGAGCCACUUCGCCAUCGUUGUUCGACACGUUAAAUGACUUGAAAACGUGUUUAACAUUAUUACGUCGAACUGAAGUACAAAGUCUUCUUAAUGUUUUUGAUAGCGUGCUUAAAUUACAUUGCUAUCCGUCGGCAUUGCCAGAAAUCGAUGAAGCAGUAAGAAUCACUCAGCCGAAUGAAGAAUUGCAUAAACUUUCUGAAUACGCCAUUGACCAAUUAAAAAUCGUACAAAUUGAAAAGACACACCAACCGUUAGGUUUAACUAUUUCUCGUACUGAUUCAGGAUCGAUUCAUAUUGCUCGAAUUGUCAUCGGUGGUCUUGCUGCAACAUCAGAAUUAUUUCAAGUUAACGAUCGUAUUCUUGAGAUAAACGAUCAACCGAUUACAGGUCAUUCUUUGGAUUAUGUUUGUACAUUAAUGUCAACUACGACUGGAUUGAUCAAGUUUCUUCUUGCGCCACCCACUCACUCCAAUCCGAUAUCUUAUGAAUCAUUUCAUGUUCGUGCGCUCUACACUUAUGAUCCGUACAAUGAUCCGCUAUUACCAUGUAAAGAAUUAGGUUUAGCAUUUCAUCGUGGUGACAUUCUACGCGUUGUUGCACGUGAAGAAAAGUUCUUGAAAUCAAAUAAUUCCUGGUGGCAAGCUUAUCGAGAGAAUUCAUUUGAAACAACAGAUGCAUCCCUAGCCGGUCUGAUUCCAUCGGAUAGCUUACAAAAGAAACGCGCAGACCUACUGAAAAUUGUAUCCGAUGAAACUGACUCGAGUUCAACAUUGUCAUCACCAUCGUUAUUACUCGAGAAAAAACGAUUGAGUAAAACUUGUUUUACAUGUGUGACCUCGAAAGAAACGCGAAAACCUCUGCCUAUUGUUUACAACAAUACUUCGUUUAUUCGAGAUACAAACGACAAAGAAACGCCAACAAUUCGAACAUCUACGAAUCAUUUUUCAUUGAAAGAUACAAGACAAUUUGACGAUGAACAGCCGCCGACUACAUUAAAACGAUUUACCGAUAAGGCAAAAGAGCCUGUCUCCGAAACAUUUCGAUAUUAUGAGUCUGUCUUUCAACUUGAUCUCUCAACACAACAAGCAACGCGACCGAUUGUUUUAAUAGGUGCACCUAAUGUUGGUCGGCAUGAAUUACGUCGUCGUCUCUUACAAAGUGAACCAAAUCUCUUUGAUGUCGCUAUACCACACACAACACGUGCUCGUCGUCUACAAGAAACUCCGGAUGUUGAUUAUCAUUUCGUUUCUGAAGCGGAUUUCUUAGCCAAGGUUGCCUAUCAUUCGUUUGUUGAAUUUGGUCAAUAUGAUCGUGAUUUAUACGGAACAUCGAUCGAUGAUAUUCGACAGGUGGUGGAAAUCAACCGAAAGAUUUGCAUAUUGAAUUUAAAUCCUGACGCAAUACGAGCGUUCAAUCAAACGAAUCUUUAUCCAUAUGUCAUUUGUAUUGCGGCUCCGUCGUUUGAUCGACUCAAACAUCUGGAACUUGACCGUCGGGAACAUCUGAGUGACAAAGACUAUCGAGAAAUUAUACGAAAAAGUCGCUCGAUUGAAAGACAUCAUCAUUUACUAUUUGAUCAAGUUCUAGUUAAUAAUGAUUUAGAACGAACAUACGUGGAAUUACGUGAUCUGAUCGUUCGAAUACAACAGGACAAACAGCAAUGGGUACGAACAUGCUAUCGACGAUCAUAG